GCUUCACCUUCUACGCUCCAUUUCCCCCUUCUGUUUUUACAAAAACAGAGACAAACUCUUUUCUCUUUCCCUUUCUUUCACUUUCACUUUCCUUUCACACACACCCAAAGAGACCGGCCAUAGGCUUUGAUUUAAUUUGGCUCUCUCUUGGGUCAUGAACCAAACCAUGUCCUCCUCCAGCGAGUGGAUGCACUUCUACAACCAAAGCUUUUCCGGCCAACCCGUUCAUCCUCCCGGUCAUCAUCUAACACCAUCUCCCAUAUUCGGCGGCGGCGGAACCAGCACCCCUGGCGGCGAUCGAGUAAUCUCAGAUGCUACUGUUGUCACCACUGCCUUCCCUACCACCACCACCGCUAACCCACUUGGUUCAGGGAAUUCCAGCCCCACUGCCGCAACCAACCUCAGCCCCGAAGGUCGAGUCUCCAAGCCGGCACGCAAGCGUUCCAGGGCAUCGCGUCGAACCCCGACCACUCUCCUGAAUACCGACACCGCAAACUUCCGUGCCAUGGUUCAGCAAUUCACCGGCGGUCCGAGUGCACCGUUCGGAUCCGUUUCUCAUCCCGGCGGAGUGAGUUUCGGUUUCGCCAGCGGCGGUGGUGGAGGAAUCAGGCAGAAUUUCAUGAACCCUCUGAUGGUUCCGGCGGGUUUCCAGCUUCAACAGCAACAACAGGUAUUCCACCAGCUACAACAGCAGAAUCAGGGUCAGGGUCAGGGUGGUCAGUACCUGCAGUUCGGACUGAGUAACGGAACCAGCACGCCGGCGGUGGACGGAUUUCUUCAAAGACUGAGCUCCGGAGGAAGAGCGGGUAACGUUAACGGAGGUGGUGGAGGAGGAGGGGUGAACACGGCGGAAGGGUUCAUGAACAUGGAGCAUGGAGUCUCGGCUCCAAGGCCUUCCAGUGGCUCCAAUGAGAACAGGAGUAAUUCCAGUUUCAUGUUUUGAUGAUAAGGACAUAAAGCAGCAGCGAACCAAAAACACAAAUCAGAAAAAAAAGAAAAAAAAAAGUUAGGUAGACGUUAGGACUGACUUAUCCUCCGGGGGAGAGAAUUCUUGACCAAUGUACAUAUAUAUAUAUAUAUUAUAAUAGUACUAUAUGAAAUAUUAUUAUGCAUAUUUGGGAAUCAAAUUGAGGGUUACACUUUCACAA